CCUCCGGAGGACUGUCGCUCCCGCAGCGUUCCGGAGCGGGCGGACCUGCGGCCGCCGCGGCGCCGAGACCUACUGGGGUUUAAUCAGUCAGCCUCAGCUGCGACUAAAGCGUUGAACAGUUCCGAUUCACUCAGAAGCUCUUUGAAAGAAGAGCCUGGUGAUCUGCUUUCAGGAAGUCAGCACUGAAAACCCUGGGAAGCACACAUCUACUCCGACAUCCAGGAAUCCGCAUGCACAGUGCUGUGCCGGGCUCUAAGAAAAGACGUUAACGCAUCUGAUCUAGACCCAGAAAGCCUGAAUUCUGUGAAAAACCAAAGAAAAGAAACCAAGAGGAUAGCAGACAAGGUCUGUCUAAUUUGAAUAAUAUUUCCUUCGUGGAUAUUUUUUCAUAGCCUUAUUAUGUGAGAAGUUUUUGUGUGUUUUUUUUUUUGUUGUUGAAGUAACAUGGAAUUUAUACUACAGAAUCAAGAGAAUUGGCUUUAUAGGAAAAAUUGAUUUAUAAAAAGUGGUACAGGUUUUUAUAAAUAACCAUGACAACAUCUCAUAUGAAUGGGCAUGUUACAGAGGAAUCAGACAACGAAGUAAAAAAUGUUGAUCUUGCAUCACCAGAGGAACACCAGAAGCACCGAGAGAUGGCUGUUGACUGCCCCGGAGAUUUGGGCACCAGGAUGAUGCCAGUACGGAGAAGUGCACAGUUGGAACGCAUUCGGCAACAACAGGAAGACAUGAGGCGUAGGCGAGAGGAAGAAGGGAAAAAACAAGAACUUGACCUUAAUUCUUCUAUGAGACUUAAGAAACUAGCCCAAAUUCCUCCAAAGACUGGAAUAGAUAACCCUAUAUUUGAUACAGAAGAAGGGAUUGUCUUAGAAAGUCCUCAUUGUGCUGUGAAAAUAUUAGAAGUGGAAGACUUGUUUUCUUCACUUAAACACAUCCAACAUACUUUGGUAGAUUCUCAGAGCCAGGAGGAUAUUUCACUGCUUUUACAACUUGUACAAAUUAAAGAUUUCCAGAAUGCAUUUAAGAUACACAACGCUGUCACAGUACAUAUGAACAAGGCCAGCCCUCCGUUUCCUCUUCUCUCCAGUGCACAAGAUCUUGUACAAGAGGUACAAGCUGUUCUGAAGCCAGUCCAUCAGAAGGAAGGACAAGAAUUAUCUGCCUUGCUGAGUGCGCCACAUAUUCAGGCACUUUUACUGGCUCAUGAUAAGGUUGCUGAGCAGGAAAUGCAGCUAGAGCCCAUUACAGAUGAGAGAGUAUAUGAAAGCAUUGGCCAGUAUGGGACAGAAAUUGUAAAAAUAGUCCGUAUAGAAAAGGCUCGAGAUAUCCCAUUGGGUGCUACAGUACGUAAUGAAAUGGAAUCUGUCAUCAUAAGUCGGAUAGUAAAAGGAGGUGCCGCAGAAAAAAGCGGUCUGUUACAUGAAGGAGAUGAGGUUCUGGAGAUAAAUGGUAUUGCGAUUCGGGGAAAAGACGUCAAUGAGGUUUUUGACAUAUUGUCUGAUAUGCAUGGCACUUUGACGUUUGUGCUGAGUCCCAAUCAACAUAGCAGGCCUCCCGCUCCCAGGGAAACAGUAAUCCAUGUUAAAGCUCAUUUUGAUUAUGACCCCUCAGACGACCCCUAUGUUCCAUGUCGAGAAUUAGGUCUGUCUUUUCAAAAAGGGGAUAUCCUUCAUGUGAUCAGUCAGGAAGAUCCAAAUUGGUGGCAGGCCUACCGGGAUGGGGAUGAAGAUAAUCAGCCUCUCGCUGGACUCGUUCCAGGGAAAAGCUUCCAGCAGCAAAGGGAAGCCAUGAAGCAGACAAUAGAAGAAGAUAAAGAACCAGAAAAGUCAGGAAAACUAUGGUGUGCAAAGAAGAAUAAAAAGAAGAGGAAAAAGGUUUUAUAUAAUGCCAAUAAAAAUGAUGAUUAUGACAAUGAGGAGAUCUUAACUUAUGAGGAAAUGUCACUUUAUCAUCAACCUGCUAAUAGGAAAAGACCUAUCAUCUUGAUUGGCCCACAGAACUGUGGCCAGAAUGAAUUGCGCCAGAGGCUCAUGAACAAGGAAAAAGACCGUUUUGCAUCUGCAGUUCCUCAUACAACCAGGAGUAGACGAGACCAUGAAGUAGCUGGCAGAGAUUACCACUUUGUUCCUCGGCAAGCGUUCGAAGCAGACAUAGCAGCUGGGAAGUUCAUUGAGCAUGGUGAAUUUGAGAAAAAUUUGUAUGGCACCAGCAUAGAUUCUGUACGGCAAGUCAUCAACUCUGGCAAAAUAUGUCUUUUAAAUCUUCGCACACAGUCACUGAAGACCCUCCGUAACUCCGACUUGAAACCAUAUAUUAUCUUCAUUGCACCCCCUUCACAAGAAAGACUCCGGGCAUUGUUGGCCAAAGAAGGCAAGAAUCUGAAGCCUGAAGAACUGAGAGAAAUCAUUGAGAAGACUAGAGAGAUGGAGCAGAACAAUGGUCACUACUUCGACACAGCAAUUGUGAAUUCAGAUCUGGAUAAAGCAUACCAGGAGUUGCUUAGGUUAAUUAACAAACUUGAUACUGAGCCUCAGUGGGUGCCAUCCACUUGGCUCAGGUGAAGGAAACACUCGUGCUGUGGUGUGUCUGGACUUGAUCUGGAGAGCUGCCAGUGGAAGAUAGCCCCAGUAGUUCACUGAGGUGCCAGCAUACAAGGUGGCAGCAGAAUAAACUGUAGACACAUUCUCCAAUUGAGAGGAAGUCCCCUGAUCACUGGGUGUCCAGCAUUCUUUAUUCUCUACAGAUGGCUUCAGGGGUUCCUGCCUCAUUCGGGGAAAAUGAAAGCUGACAAUAGAGCAGUUCCACUUUAUUAAUAUAAAAAUCUCUUUUCUCAUCUACUUAAAUUAAAUCUUUUCUUACCAGUCAGAUUUCCAUGAAAGGCGUGUGUGUGCAUGUGCGUGCGUGUCAGUCCUUGCCUCACAUAGUUGUAAAUAUGAAUGUUAUUUAACAUUUAAGUUCUUCAUGGGAACCUUUUUAGAACGGUGCUUCUGUGCACUGGGCAAGACAGUAUUUGUUUAGGAGAUUGGUUUAUUCUUCAGAAAUACCUUCCCCAAAAAACAAAGAAAAACCAGAAUGGUGCCACUUUGGCCCGGAGCGUGUGUGUCAUGCUAGAAUUCCCUUGCUCGUCUUUAAUUCUAAAAACAUUGUGUUAGAAGCACUAGCUUUUUGGGCUCAAACUUUGUGGAUCAGAUUUCUGUACCCUGAGCAGACUGUGAUCUACUGAAAAUUGACAUGUGCUGAUCUUUUGUAAGAUGUCAUUUUUUUCCUUAAAUUAUCUCAAAUUAAUCUGGUAAUUCAUCUUCCCUUCUCCAAUCUGAGUACAACAGGAUGUAUAAAUCACCUUUUCUGAAUGGCAAACGUUCUAUAAGCUGUUAACUGUUCAAAAGUUUCUUCCUCGUGAUGCAGUUUUUUUAUAUACAUGGGAAGAUGUAGCAUAGUACAUUGGACACUGUUUGCCUUGCCUUUUGUAUGGACGGACACAGAAUAAUCCUGCAAAUGCUACAAAUAGGUAAUAACUGGAAUUCUGUUGAGGAACAUUGUUGCUGUGCUAUAUAUUUAAUGAUUGAUAAAUGAUCACCGAUUAUACUUGUUCAGCAUUGGAAUAAAAUUGUAUGUAGCCUAGGAAAAAUAAUAGGAAUUGACUUUGGGAUCAGAAGGAAAAGAAGAUCUGGAAGGUAUUUGAACAUUUUAGGAAAAGAACAUUGGUGGGAGGGGAAAUCCUGUACAACUAGGUAUUGAUCCUAAGGUUAGUCUCUUCUAGCCAGAAUGUGCCGCAGCUUAUUAAAUUCUGUAAGAAAUGUUGAAGCUAACAGGACUUUGUACUGUCUCUAGCUGUAGCUUUAAAAUGCAGCUUCUGUGAUUGGCCUGGAAAGUUCGUUUAUAUUCUUUGCAAGCCUUUUAGGGACAGUGUGACCAAAAACCUCAAAUGGGAAUGCCUUUUCUUUUUAUGCAGUCUGUAACUACAGCAGUUCCUUUUCCCAAAGCUAAACACUGGAAUAAUACUGACUAGUCAUUUAAGUUAACAUGACCAUGUUGGUAAUGGUAGUCUCACUGUUGUGUACUUGAUUUUUUUUUCGUGUAAUUUUAUUUGAGUAACUGUGGACAGUUUUAAGUGUUGUCUUUCCUGUUCAAAUUUGCAUGGCUUCUGUGUUCACUGGGAAAUGUCUUACAUGAAAAUUAUUUUCCAAGAUAAUAUUUUUGAGAAAGGAAGAAUUCCUGGAUCAAAGGAAGGAAUGCCAUGUAUACUGUCUGUGCAUAUCUGAAAACACUCCACCUUGUAACAGCAAACUGCAGAUCACACCGAUUCUCAGCAUUAAAAACCAAGGAAUAUA